AUGGAUAAGCGUUAUAUGAAAUCAUGGUCUCAAUCAAUAAUACAAGAACUAAUAUUUAGUAUUGAUACUUCAUUAGAAUUUUUAUAUAAAUAUAUUGAAUUACCAUUACAAAAUGUAUUUUAUUGUUUCGGUAAUAUUUCAUUAUCGCAUUAUCGUCGACGAUCAUUAAUUGAAUUUUCAAGACAUUUAACUCAGAUACUUGUUCACAGUUACGCAAUAACAUUUUUUCUAUAUUUUAUUUUUUUAUUAUUGGCUCAUCUAUUUUCUAUUUCUACUCAAAACCAUUAUUUUAUUGAUCCAUUUUUAUCAAAUAAUCGACAAUGCAUUGAUAUAAAAUUUGUUCGUAUUAAAGAUCAUGAACAUGAUUUUCAACAUAUUCGAUUAAAACAUAAUUUUAUUCGAGAAAAUGUUAUUAUUGGCGAUCAAAUUUAUCGAAGAAAAACAUCUAAUUACAGUCAACUUUAUCAAUUAUUACAUCUACUUGAAGAAGAUCAUUAUAUGAUCUGUCAACGUUCACUUUAUAUAUAUACACGCUUUCAUGUUUAUUCUUCCUUAUUACAUAGUAAUCAUUCGCAAUUUCGAUUUUAUAUACCAAGCUAUCCUUCAUCAUUUACCAUUGAUCAACCACCAUUUCUUGAUUUAUGUCUUCAUACAUCUAAUCAUACGCAUUUAGAACAGAUAAAAUCUCGUCUUCUUCCAUUAUCAUCUCAUUAUUAUGGAUCUAUUAAUUUAUUUCUUUUUGAUUUUAAUUUUACACAAGUUAGUUUAACACUUUAUCAAUUAAAUAAUGAAUCAAUACAUCUUGAACGUGUUUCUAUUCAUACCGGCUGGUUAUAUGAUAUAUAUUCUCAAUUUUAUUUUUUCAAAUAUAAUGAUGCCUUAUCAACAGUUUUAUUUGAUGGUUUACCUGUAGGAGAACAUUUUGUAGAUUAUUUUGAUUAUUUAUAUGUACCUUUACCUGCUGAUCCAUUACUCGGUUUGAAUGAAAUGGUCCAACAAGCGCUUUUAGUAUUACCAUUAUGUCAAUCAACGUGGAAUACAUAA